CCUAUUUACGUGUGACAUUCACAUAUAUUGUUGAUAUACAUACAUGGUAUAUCGUCCUGUAAACAAGUUAAUACAUGUAUUUACAUAAUCUAUUUCAUUUCAUAAUAUAUAGCAAUCAUUGAGAUAGGUUAUGAUUCGUAAUUGAAUAUAACAUAAUCAAUGAACAAUUCAUUGAUGAGGUAAAUAAAAAACGUAUGAUUGGUCUUUCAAACACCCUGCAGAAUUUAAAUAUUCUCGAGAAUCUUAAAUCUUGGAGAGUUUUAUUUUUUUAAAUUAUUAACAUACAUAUCUAAUACGCUGUCGGUUACUCAUCGUUGGUACUUGCUCUUUAUAAAUAUUUCCAACAUGAAGGAAAAGAUGAGAACUUACGUCAAACGCAGCAUAUAAAUUGAAAAUACUCGAUAAUUUCGGCACGUGCGUGAAAUGAAUUUCUGAAGCAUGUUAACGACAACGUAAUUGUCCUUCUAUAUUAAUUAACGUGUACGAAAUAUGGUCGAACUGACGUGAUUAUAACAUCCUAUCAAUAUAGGUUAUAAGUUCCAAAUAUCGACGAUCCAUUGAUUUGACGUUCUACUCGGAUAUUUAUCAUCAUGUUGUCGCGAAAGAACAAAGAUCUAAGGACAAUCAAAGAGGGUGUAGUUGGGAAAUACGUUAAAAAGGAAACUCCACCUGAAAUGCCAAUUAUCAAUGUAUGGACCACAGAACCGAAUAGAAGAACAAGAAAUCGUAAUAAUCAUCAAACUAUUUCAACAUCAAUGUCUAUCCCACAACAACCUAGCAUGGUACAGAAAUUUGGCAACGCUAAAACAACAAUGAGCGCUGUAGGUUUGGGAAGUCACGAGGGAAAGUAUACUCCGAAUAGUUCUGUGCCAGACUUAGCCCAGAGAUUUGCCAGUCUUUCAGUUAAUACUAGUACAAGAGAUGGAUUGCCAUCUCGUACGGCGACUCCGAUGUAUCAUUCCAGACUUUCGCCUGCUAUAUCUCAUACUUAUGUUAAUCAGUACGCUGGAUCCGAGUACCAUUUAGAUAGGGUUCAAACGCCGCAAAUGCCUUAUAAACCUUUCGACAUUGAUUCUGGUUAUGAAGAAUAUAAUCAUUCCGUUUAUCGUCAAAAUACAGGAUACAGUCGAUGCCACUCGGAAAGAUCGAGUUCUAGAAACGAACAACAAGAAGAACUUCCUUUACCCCCUGGAUGGUCCGUUGAUUUUACUCUUAGGGGUAGGAAGUAUUACAUAGAUCAUAAUACAAAGACCACUCAUUGGUCUCAUCCUCUCGAAAAGGAGGGUUUACCCACAGGUUGGGAAAGAAUAGAAUCCCCAGAAUAUGGUGUUUAUUAUGUUAACCAUAUCACGCGACAAGCUCAGUAUGAGCAUCCGUGUUAUCCCCAUGAAAUCCAAGCAGUACGCGUUGUAGCACCCCCGCGUCACACGCACUUUCACUCCCAUAGUGUCUUAGUCCCUGCUAAUCCGUAUCUGAACGAAGAAAUACCUCACUGGUUGUAUGUAUAUAGUAGAGCAUCGGUAGCGUUAGAUCGUAAAUUACGGUGGGAGCUCUUUCGUCUACCCGAACUCGAUUGUUUCAAUGCCAUGCUUACAAGAUUGUACAAACAAGAAUUGGAGGAAGUAGUCAUGCGCUACGAAGAGUACAGGUCAGCCUUAUUAUGCGAAAUGGAACAAAGGUUAAAGGAAUUGAAUCCAGAAACUUCGAACUCCUUGUCAGGAGCAAUCGCUUUACGACAGUCUCUUCCUUGAGUAAAAUUUGAUUAAAUCGAGAAGAACAGUUUAAAUUGCCUUACCUUUUACACAUUGAGAAGAGUUCCUGAAUGAAUUUGACCAAGAUAUUCUCAUAACUGUAUUUGUGAAUAGUAUGAGCUUAGUGGAAUUUAAUUUUUUUUUAAUCUAUUUUAAUAUGUAUUAAUCAAUAAACUAGCUUAAAUUUUAAAUACUAAACUAUCAUUAUGCUAUA